ACACAAUCUCGCGAGAACUAAGGCGCGCGAUUUGGAGGACCCGCGCCUCCGCUUCAGGGGCGGGAUACCCACGGAUCUCAAAUACAUGCAGACCUGGCGUAAGGGGGCGGGCGUAGCGCCUCAGUGCAUGCUGGGGCCGUUUCCCUGCGGCGGGACCUGACGCCGGCGAGCUAAAGCGCGGGAAUGAUAAAAGUGCGGAUUGCGGGGGCUCUUGGCAGUCCGCUGAGUUAAACCCAACGUAGUGACCUCCCAGGUAGUUCUGCCCCUGUGGUAACCAUACAGUCUUGGUUCUUCCCAAUUCCCAGCUCCCGCCAGAGGGAAACCGUUGGCGCGCUGACCCGGGCAUGUCCGCACCUGCAAGGAAUUGGGGACGCGGUUGUGGCCGCACCGAGACACCUUGAUCCACGUCUGCAAUGAGCUCACUAGCAGACCUGCCUCGAGGGCGUGAGGAGGGAAUGAGGGUGCCCUUGCAGAUGUGUCCCCGAGGACUCGGCGUCGGGGGCGUCGCUGUGCCGGGCCCGGCCUCCCUUUCCUUCGGAUUGAAGAUCGGAGCGCCUUGCCUGGCUCCCUCCCACCUGUUGUCAUUGAAUAAGUGGCGACCCUUCUGGAGUCACUUGGGAAGCAGCUUUCUCCCAGUGUACCCAGAAAUUAUCUUGGGUACAGUUCCGGUAGCAAGAUUGUUCCAGUGCAGCUUCGGUGGCUCAAAUACAGUGUGUCUGUACCUUACGCUGUUUUUCUCUUCAUAUUUUAAUAGAAAUCCAAACUAAAAGGCACGCGACGUUGCAAACAGACUAGAGAGGUGGAAGAGAGCUGAAGAUGAAGGCAUUUCAGACCAUUUUCAGACAGCUCAGGAGUGUCGAGGGGUUUUCUAUAGAACCAGCCCACCUUGCCGGUUUCUCCACUUCCUCCUAUUCAUGCGGCCCGAAGAAGAAAAAGCCUUACGAAGAAGUGGACCAGGCCAGAUACUCUCGGUUAGUAAAAUCCGUCUUGACCUCCCGAGGCCCGGUCCGGACUCCAGAAUCGCUGCUGGAAGAAGAUGCUUUACUCUACGGACCUGUGAGUAAGGCCAAACUCCCAGCGCAGGAGGAGACCCAAGCUCCCGGGAAAUGGUUUCCCAUCUUCAAUCCAGAGCGAAACCAGAGUCCAAACACGAGGGAGCCUUCAGUGCCUUUGAAACUCCCUCUGCAGAGGAAUGCCUUGCCCAGCGUGACCCGGAUCCUGCAGCGGACGAUGACUGCAGCCCAGAUUUUCCACCUGGAGAGGUGGAGACAGCGAAUGAUUCUGCAGCUGGGAGAAGACGGCUUUACAGAAUACACUUCAAACCUCUUUCAACAAGGGAGACGCUUCCAUGAGGCCGUGGAAAGCCUACUCUCCGGCCGGGGGAGCGGAAACAAGGGGGAUGAAAGUCUGCUGGGCUGCGGCUACGUCAGGAGUGUGCAGCACCUCCUCAAAGAUGUGUGCGGCGUGCGAGCUCUGGAGAGCGCCGUGCAGCACCAUGCCCUGAACUACGCGGGGCUGCUGGACUGCGUUGCUGAGUACCGGGGCGAGCUGUGCGUCAUUGACUGGAAGACAUCCGAGAAGCCAAAACCCUCCCUACGGGACACCUACGACAACCCGCUGCAGGUGGCGGCCUACGUGGGUGCCCUGAACUAUGACGCCAACUACAGCUUUCAGGUGCAGUGUGGCCUGAUUGCCGUGGCCUACAAGGAUGGUUCCCCUGCGCACGCCCACUUCCUGGACCCGGAGCUCUGCUCCCACUACUGGGCCAAGUGGCUGCUGCGCCUGGAGGAAUACUCGAAGAAAGACAAGAGCCCAGCUGGCCAGGAGCUGGGUGCAGGUGCAGAUCUCCCUGCAGGGACCAACGGGUCACCACCUCCCGCCUGCUGAAAGCUGAGCGGCCACAUCAGCAGAAGCAGGAGGUUCCUUUGUUGAACUGUGCUACUGCCGACAAGACUAGGAGAGGCCAGAUGCGUCCAGAUUUCAGGAGCUGGACAUCAGCCUGGAUACCAGUGCUGCCACCCUCACGACUCUUGACCCGAUGGAGGGUAGGCAGCAGGCGCAGGUGCCUCCCAGGACCCCUCAGGACUUCUCUGCCUUUAUCACAGUGCCCAAAGUUCAAGAGAAGAUGGGAGGGCUGAGGGCCACACUAGCCAGCCACCACCCCAUGCCUCCCUACAGCGUGUCAUAUAGACCCCUGUGUUUCUGUUAGGGAAAUAAGCUCUUCUUUGUUUUGCUUUGCUUUGUUUUUUGAGGCAGAGUCUGGCUGUGUAAUUCAAGCUGGACCUGAACGAACUCUACAGCCCAGGCUGGCCUCAAACCCCCUCGGUGAUACUCCUGCCUCAGCCUUCCGAGUGCUGAGCUGUGUUCCUGUGUCUGCCCUGGGAGAAGCGCUGCUAUCCAGUUCGGGCACUGGCAGUGUCCCAUGGCACAGCCGUGCCCCUGGCAUGGAGAUGCUCACCAUGUGGGUUCAGUGGCUGUUUCUGAACAGAGCAGGAAACUUACUGUUUGGGGGAGUCUUCAGCUGUGGGAACACUAAUAAAGCCAGUCUUGUUUCCGA